CCUUGCUGGGGUAGGUCUUCUCCUUUUUCCUUCUCCUUUUAUGUCCUUCUAGUGUACACCUCCUAUUCUGCUACUCUUCUUGCACAGAAUCGCAGCUCAGAAGCAGCGGUGGAGAUCAUCGACACCAAUCAAUGGCUACCAAUGUGUAUAUAGUGUACUACUCCAUGUAUGGGCAUGUUGAGAAGCUGGCUGAAGAGAUAAAGAAAGGCGCCGCCUCUGUUGAAGGAGUUGAAGCAAAGCUGUGGCAGGUGCCCGAAACACUUCCCGACGAGGUACUUGUGAAGAUGAGCGCUCCUCCUAAGAGCGAUGUGCCGAUCAUCUCGCCAAACGAACUUUCCGAGGCUGAUGGACUUCUCCUUGGUUUUCCGACGAGAUUUGGCAUGAUGGCGGCUCAGUUCAAAGCUUUCCUCGACGCAACCGGCGGGCUCUGGAGAACUCAGCAGCUUGCAGGUAAGCCUGCAGGUAUUUUCUACAGCACUGGAUCUCAAGGUGGCGGACAAGAGACUACUGCAUUGACGGCGAUUACUCAGCUUGUUCAUCACGGAAUGAUCUUUGUCCCCAUCGGCUAUGCCUUCGGAGCCGGUAUGUUUGAGAUUGAGAAAGUGAAGGGAGGAAGUCCGUACGGUGCCGGCACAUUAGCCGGCGAUGGCUCGAGAUCUCCAACAGAGCUUGAACUUGAGCAGGCUUUCCACCAUGGUAAAUACUUCGCAGCCAUUGCUAAGAAGCUCAAGGGAUCCUCCUGAUCAGAUAAUAACAGAAGUUCAGUUGGUGAAUUUCUAAUCAGAAUAUAAUAUAUACCUUCUAUAUAUGUAACUGGUGUUAUGUGUUUGUGUGGGUUUAUGAUUCUUAUUGCCAGUGAGCUUUGAUUAUAUAGUGCCACAUUCCCAACUUGUUGGUUGGCAUUUGUAAGUCAGUUGUAAGUCUUCUCAGGUUCGCUGGUUCGUAUCCCCGUUUGGCUAGUGUGGUCGUAUGGAGGGUGGUAAUCUGAGUGAUUUGGCACAUUAGGGGUGAUUGGGGGCUCGUCUAAUACCACCCUCCGGCCAUUCAUUUGAAUAUAUUUUCAUGUAUACAUAGAUGUUUAGGGUUUAGUGUUUUCCUUGUGAUGUGAGUUGUGUUGUUUGGUUUUUAUGUGUGUAUAAACAUUUUUUUUCUUUAUUUAAUAUUGCAAAAAUAAUUUGUUUA